AUGUCCUGCCCGGGUGCGCAGUGCCUAAAGCCUCUGUAUAAAUGGCGAGAGGCGGUUAACGCCAGUGAGAAGUUUAGAGUUGAUUGCGCUUCUGAUCCUAACAAUAUGGAAGCCGUGAUACGGCAGCACUCCAGUUGUAUUGCUGUAGGUUUGUAUACAAGACUUAGUUUCGACAGCUCGGUAAGCUUUGAAUUGAAUUUUGUGUAUUUUCAUCCAUGUGUAGCGUUUCCAUCUAGCGGGUCCGGUUUGAUAGAAGACGAGAAAUUCGACUUUGACAUACCAGUCUCUCCGAAUGAUUGUGGCGAGAGAGAGAUCUGCAGCAAUGAUUUAGAGGAUGAAGAUGAGGUAUUCUUUGGCCCAGUCGGCCACAGAGAAAGAUGUGUUAACAGUGGUCUCCUAAGUGACGAGAAUUUCAAACCUAUGAGUCCACUCAACAGUGAACAAAUUGCUGAACUUUUUAAGGAAGCAACUGCAGUAUCAAUAUUUAUCAAAAGCUCCUCUUUGAAUCAGAGUCUUGGAAGUGAAGACAUGAUGACUGAUCAAAGGGAAAACAAGGAAAUUUGCAAAAUUUUAUCAAAAACAUUCAGUGUUGAUGAAGAUCAGGAGAACACGUUAAUGAAACCAGGUCAAGAAAAUGGCCCAAGAACUGCAAAAUCAGAAUCUUCUCCCGAGUCAGUAGACAGCAUUUCACCACAGCCAGCAGAAUUGUCAGAUGACAUGGUUAUUCCAAGCACGCCAAGACGCAUCUUGCAAGAGAAGAAUUCCCAGGAUGCAGGGUUUCAAUCACCAUUCAAAGCAAGAAAAGCACGCCCACUGCAGAAUGUUUCCAAGUUUACACGUUCCAAGCUUCCUAAGACACAAAUGACAUUGAAGACGCGUAGCUGUUUUAAUUCUCCUAUAAAAGUGGAACAUCUCUAUGGAAUAGCAGCAGAUAUCAAGGUUGAUGAGGCCACAUCUUUCAAGACCUCAAAGGGAGCAAGCAAAAGUAACAAUGUUGGAGGUUCCAGUAAAGUUGAAUCAUCACUUACAGAGGCAUCAAAGUUACCACUUCCUUCUCAAAGUGGAAUAAGACCUCCAGGGUUUGGUGUCCAGCCUCGUCGACGCCGGACCAGCUCCACAUCGUCUGUGUCCUCGACUUCAAGUGCUUUAUCGUAUCAAUCAAAUGAUCUGAAUGAGACUUUUGUCAUUACAAAGGGUUCAUCCUCUGACAUCCCAUCUAUUCCAAAUGUCUGCCCUCGUAAAGUGCCAACCACUAAGGCCAGUUUGAAACCUGUAAACGGGACUAAUGCAUUGUCAAAACCAACAUUUACCAAGCCCAAAGGGCGACCCCAGCCUGUUAAGGCACUUGCACCGCCAGGGAUUAGCAAAAAAGCACCUCGGACACCCAGUGACCCUUAUAAAUCUAGUAAGGUGUUAAGGAGCACCCCUGGGCGUCGACUGAGUGGCAUAUCCACAGAGCAGGGGGUCAGUAGACCCCAGACACCUAGUAAUAUUCAGCGAUCAAAGUCAUUUACCACCCCUGUGAAGCCAAGUACUGCAACUGGGAAAAGAAGCAGUUUUUCAACAGGGCAACCGGUUAAAUGUGUACAAACCCCAACCAGAGCAAAAAAAUCUGAAGUGCCAGUAACUCCUAGAAGGAGAGGAAGUGCCACACCAAAGGAUAGCACCAAGACGGUUCCCACACCUGUGCGCAGACGUAGCAGUGUUGCAAAUAAGACAGAACCUGCUAAAGGGAAGAAUGCUCCCAGACCUGCCACUCCUGAAAAUUUGACCAGUAUGUCCAGUGAGACCAUAACCCCACCUAAUCCAGGUAAAUGUAAUCAAAAUACAUGGUCUAUGGUCCCCAUCUUAAUUUUUACAGCCGUGAUAAAAUUAUACAAAUAAAUAUUAAAUAAUAUAAAUGGUUACACACCAGGGUUUAUCCACAAACUUAGAAAUCAAACCUACCUUGUACAUACAGCAUAAUAAAUGGUAUCACAUGAAAGGACAGCUCAAUAGCUUUCAUUUGAAUGGUCACACACUAGGGUUUCACCCACAUACUUAAAAGUUAGAAUCACCUUGUACAGCAUAAUAAACAGUACCACAUGAAAGUUGAAUCAUCACUUACAGAGGCAUCAAAGGUAACAAUCAAUAUUAUUGUUGGUUACUCUCUUCUCAAUUAAUAUCUUAAUUUGUUAUCAUAAAUGAAAGUACGUUAUGUGUUGACCCCAAAGAUGAGACUACUA